GUGCGGGUCACCACCAUGGACGCGGAGCUGGAGUUCGCCAUCCAGCCCAACACCACUGGGAAGCAGCUCUUCGACCAGGUGGUUAAGACCAUUGGCCUUCGGGAAGUGUGGUACUUUGGCCUCCAGUACGUGGAUAAUAAAGGAUUUCCUACUUGGUUGAAACUUGAUAAAAAGGUGUCCGCCCAGGAGCUCAAAAAGGAGAACCCCCUCCAGUUCAAGUUCCGCGCCAAGUUCUACCCGGAAGAUGUGUCAGAGGAGCUCAUCCAGGACAUCACCCAGAAGCUCUUCUUCCUCCAAGUGAAGGACGGCAUUCUGAGUGACGAGAUCUACUGCUCGCCUGAGACGGCUGUGCUCCUGGGCUCCUACGCCGUGCAGGCCAAGUUUGGAGACUACAACAAAGAGAACCACAAGUCCGGGUACCUCAGCUCCGAGCGCCUGAUCCCCCAGAGGGUGAUGGACCAGCACAAGCUCACUCGGGACCAGUGGGAGGACCGCAUCCAGGUGUGGCACGCCGAGCACCGCGGGAUGCUCAGAGACAGCGCCAUGCUGGAGUACCUGAAGAUCGCGCAGGACCUAGAGAUGUAUGGCAUCAACUAUUUCGAGAUAAAGAACAAGAAAGGCACAGACCUUUGGCUCGGAGUGGACGCCCUUGGGCUGAACAUUUACGAGAAAGAAGACAAGUUGACCCCAAAGAUUGGCUUUCCUUGGAGUGAAAUCAGAAACAUCUCUUUCAACGACAAGAAGUUUGUCAUUAAGCCCAUUGACAAGAAGGCCCCGGACUUCGUGUUCUAUGCCCCUCGCCUGAGGAUCAACAAGCGCAUCCUGCAGCUGUGCAUGGGCAACCACGAGCUGUACAUGCGCCGUCGCAAGCCCGACACCAUCGAGGUGCAGCAGAUGAAGGCCCAGGCCCGCGAGGAGAAGCACCAGAAGCAGCUGGAGCGCCAACAGCUGGAAACGGAGAAGAAGAGGAGGGAGACAGUGGAGAGAGAGAAGGAGCAGAUGAUGCGGGAGAAGGAGGAGCUGAUGCAGAGGCUGCAGGACUACGAGCAGAAGACCAAGAAGGCUGAGAAAGAACUCUCCGACCAGAUCCAGAGGGCCCUGCAGCUGGAGGAGGAGAGGAAGCGGGCCCAGGAGGAGGCGGAGCGCCUGGAGGCCGACCGUGUGGCCGCACUGCGGGCCAAGGAGGAGCUGGAGCGCCAGGCGGUGGAUCAGAUAAAGAGCCAGGAGCAGCUGGCUGCAGAGCUGGCCGAGUACACAGCCAAGAUCGCCCUUCUGGAAGAGGCCCGGCGGCGCAAGGAGGACGAAGUGGAAGAGUGGCAGCACCGGGCCAAAGAGGCCCAGGAUGACCUGGUGAAGACCAAGGAGGAACUGCACCUGGUGAUGACGGCGCCCCCGCCGCCACCUCCCGUGUACGAGCCGGUGAACUUCCACGUCCAGGAGAACAUGCAGGAGGAGGGCAGCGAGUACACGGGCUACAGCGCCGAGCUGUCCAGUGAGGGCAUCAUGGAUGACCGCAAUGAGGAGAAGCGCAUCACGGAGGCCGAGAAGAACGAGCGCGUGCAGCGGCAGCUGAGGACCCUGACCAACGAGCUGUCCCAGGCCCGGGACGAGAACAAGAGGACCCACAACGACAUCAUCCACAAUGAGAACAUGCGACAGGGGCGUGACAAGUACAAGACCCUGCGGCAGAUCCGGCAGGGCAACACCAAGCAGAGGAUCGACGAGUUCGAGGCCAUGUAGGCGCGGCCGAGGCAGGACUGUCCCCUGAGCGCGUGCUCCUGGGAUUUGCCGGC